UAUAUCAAAAAAUCCUUUCUAUUUAUCAUUUUAUAUAUGGAAAAAUCUAUAACUUCAGCUAUUAUAUUAGUCCAAAGCGCGUUCAACAUGACACAGAUCAGUUUCACAUAGGGAAAGAAGAUAUUGAAAAACAAGAAGAAGAAAAAGAAGAAAAAGAAGAACCGACUUCCCCUAAAUUCACAAAAUGUUGCGCUUUCUUUCUUAUUUUUUCACUUGCUUUUCUAAUGGCAGUGAAUACUAUGGACGACAUCAUUUAUGAAUCUGUACUUCCCUACAUAAAAGCGGAAUAUGGAAUGAACAACGUGCAUUCGAAAAUAAUAACUAUGAUGUUUAUUGCAAGCUGCGCAAUCUUUGCCCCGGUAUUCUUCUAUUUCUGGAAUACCUUCAGUGGGCUAAGAGUAUUAUUUGGCGCUAUUGCCUUAAUGAUUAUGUUCGGCGUUGGAAGUACUUAUGUUCCAAAGAAGGAAUUCUGGAUCUUUAUGUGCCUACGAAGCCUCUUGGACUCAGUCAAAGUUGACUAUAUGGCUUCUACUCCUGCACUGAUAGCAGACCUUUUUGAUGAUGACAUUAGAAUUGCAAUGCAGACCUUACUAUAUGUUCUGAACACUAUUGGAUGGUAA